AUGUUUAGGACAGCUGUAAGGGUGACAUCUUAUGUCCAGGAGCGGAUCGAUGCGGUUAACCUAGCGCAGCGGAUCGCAACCUCUAAUGGUUACAUUGUUGAUUCACCUCGUAGACCAGGUCUUAUUGCGCAGCGAGAUUAUGCCAAGAUGGAUGACUCCAGAAAGAUCAGUUUCUGCUUACCUUUCAUAACCGACUACCUGAGUAAGGCGAUAACGACCAGUCUGGUUAGGUGUGGUCUCGAUGACCAAGUGAGAGUUGUGGAAAUACCUCCCACAAUUCUCAAGAAGCAGUUAGUGCGAAAUAGAAUGUACGAUCGCAUUUGCCUGAUUCAAAACUGUGCAAUAUGUCCAUUUGGUAAGGCAGGCGACUGCAUGGUCUCUGGCGUAGUUUAUUUGAUUUCGUGCAAAACAUGCGGCGAGCAAUAUAUUGGCGAAACAGGGCGACCUCUUUGUGUUUGUAUUAAACAACAUCUAGAUGGGAUGAAGCAUUCAAACGCAGCAACGCAUCUCGGAACCCAUCGCAGAAAAUGUCGUGAAAAUGCUCGUUUCUGCAUAUCUGCCACGAUCCUAUCGUACAAACCCGAAAUUUUGACCCGCAGAAGUUUGGAGGCGUUUUGA